CUUUAAGUUACAGACGUGUGUUCCGGGGGGAAACAUUUCAGAGACGGUCUGAAGCGGUUCAGCUAAAACUGACAACAUUCUCCUUGUUUAAGAAUCAUGACCGAGACCCCAGAAAACCCGAAGAGCCUCGAGGAUCUGUUUGCUCACAGGUUCUCCUCAGAGGAUGAGGAGUACCAGCAGUACCUGAGCCGACCCGCUGACCCCCCACCCAUCGUGGAGGGCUGGAGGAGUCGAGGAGGAGGAGGGGGGAACCAGAGAGGCAGAGACAACCGGUACCAGGACCGCCGUGGGUUUCGUGACCGUGGGUGGGGAGGAGAGCGCAGCCACCACGGCCAGCACCACUGGCACGACAGAGACCGGUACCGAGGUCACGGAAGUGGGUAUCAGUCCGGAUCUCCAGGCUACAACUCCCACCAGCAGAGACCACAUUAUGACCGUUACUGAGCUCCUGAAGUGGACCCCCAGUCCUGAUUACCGGUCCAGCCGAUGAUCUUUUUAAAGCUGGACCGGUUCUGUUAUACCUUUAGUUUUAUGUUUGUGAAAUGUCCCAGAUGAGUUUAGCUUGUUGAUAUUAAACUAAACAGAGUUUAAAGGGC